CUGAGUGACGCAGACAUUGUGAGGGAUACAAACCAAGAGGAGAGCCUGAGUACACAAUGAAGCACAGAUGAGCUCCAAGCGCGCACAUUCACAUACACAAGAGGUUUAGCGCCAGAGCACACUGGGGAAAAGGUAGGACACCCUCCCGAGUCAUCCUGGGGUAACUGCACCACCGUUGGACAUACUGGAUCGCCUGCACCUCUAGCACCGUCCAAACCCACUGACAGCUUUUGCUCCUACAUAAGAAUCUCUGCAAAUCUUCUAAACCAUUGCAGGAGUCAGAGGUCAACCCGAUUGAAGAAAGCCAGCUGACACUGGGGUCAAUAUCCUCUUAGACUCAAGAGGAAGAUUUGAACUGAGCAUUUUUGGAAGGGUCUCCGUUUUUCAUAGUUUGGAAUGUAAAGGAAGCUGGGAUUGCUUCCUUCCAAUAAAGAAACACAUCUUAAAAGCCUCACUUUACAAGUAGUUACCCAACUUCAGUAGUUAUGGAUGUGUUUGGUGGCGCUCCCCGUGUGCUUGGGUACCCACGUCCAGUUCUGGUGAAAAGCGGCUCAGAUGCAGUUCUCAAAUGUCAGAUUGGUGGAGACCCCCAACCUGACGUGGUAUGGGAGAGAAGGAAUGAACCUAUUGUCCCAGAUGGUCACUACCGCAUUGCCCAGGAUGGAAAAGUUUAUACCCUGUUCAUCUCUGGCGUAACUCUGGCAGAUGCUGGACAGUAUAUCUGCAGAGCUAAGAACAGCAUUGGGGAGACUUACGCAGCUGCUACUCUCAAAGUAGAAGAGCAAGCACAAGAGGUUCAGCUGAUACAGCCCACUCAAGAACAGCAGGAAGUUAAGGUCAUUCCACCUGAACAAGAAAUCAAGACUCUUAAACAGCCACAACAACCACAGCCACAAUCACAGAAGGAGGAAGAUCUGUUUCAGGACAAUAAGCCUCGAUUCCUCAUCAAACCCUUGUCCUUGAGAGUGGACAGAGGUGAAGAUGCUGCUUUUUCUUGCAAGCUGUGGGGUGACCCCUUGCCUGAGGUUGUGUGGGAAAAGGAUGGCAAGCAGCUCAAAGAGAUCUAUGAGAGCUCACACUUUCACAUUGGCCAGCAAGACGGAGGGUGGUUCCAGCUGAAGAUCUUCCGGACGCGAGCCCCAGAUGGAGGAGUGUACACCUGCAAGGCGGUCAACGAUCACGGGGAGGCUGUGGCCGGAGCUGUGCUGUUGGUUGAACCCAUCCCGGAACAAAGAGGGGAGAGUCAUCAGAAUGGCUACACCAAUGGCCACUGGUCCCCACACCAGAACAAGGACAGGUACCCAAGAGUGAGACACUCCAAAGAACCUCAACUGAAUGUUGCCAAGGCCAAGAAUUUCACGGUCACAGAGGGCAAACACGCCAAAUUCCGUUGUUACGUCACAGGUAAACCCAAACCAGAGAUUGUGUGGAAGAAAGACGGAGAACCCAUUGGGCCCGGGCGGCGCCAUCUACUGUUUGAGGACAGGGAGGGGUACUACACUUUGAAAGUCCUUUACUGCAAGCAGCAGGACGUCGGGCUCUACAUCUGUGCGGCAUCAAAUGCUCUGGGGAACACAUUGAGUGCUGUGCGUCUCUCUGUAAAAGGGCCGCCGGUGCGGUUCAAGCGGGCCCUGCAGGAUGUGGAAGUGAGGGAGAGGGAUGUUGCUGUUCUGGAGUGUGAGGUUCCGGAAGAAUCCAUCCCCACAGCCUGGUACCUGGAGGAUCAGAGACUUCAGCCAGGGAGCAAAUAUGGCAUGGAGCAGAAGGGCACGAGACGGCGGCUCACUAUACGAGAUGUCGGAGCUGAUGAUGAUGGAGUUUACCUGUGUGAGAUGCCUGAUGGAGGAAAGAGCAUAGCAGAACUGGCUGUGAAAGGUACAAUUGUAAAGAAGCUUCCUCGGAGGUUGGAGGUGCUGGAGGGAGAAAAUGCAGCAUUCUGUGUGGAGGUUGAGGAGGAGGAGAUGGAGGUGUUCUGGUUUAAAGAUGGCCUGCAGUUACGGGAGACGCACCAGACCAUCAUCAAAUCCUUCGGGAAAACCCACAUCCUGGUCUUUGUCAACACCUCUUACCAAGACUCCGGCACAGUCACGUUUGUGGCCGGCAGAUCUAAGACAAGCUGCAAAUUGCGAGUCAAAGCAAUCAGACACUGUCCUCCCAUCUGUCCUGUGGGAGUCCAGAUGAACACAGAGUGCCCGAAUGGUGUCGUUCUGUCCUGGUCGCCGUCUCCUAACCUGCAAAACUCCACUAAGUCGGUAUAUGUGGUGGAAGUCCAGGAAGUGGGCUCCCAGGAGUGGCAGCGCUGUGUGACCACAGAGACGGGCACCUCAGCGGAGAUCCUGGGAGACAUUGUGCCCUGCGAGGGAGACUACCGCUUCCGUAUCUGCUGUAUGAACAAGUAUGGCAGGAGCGGCCAUGUGGAGUUCCCCAGAGUGGUGCAUCUGACCCCCGGUCCGAAGAUCAAAACCCCACUAAGGAAUGCAGCGGUGACUGAGGGGGAAGAUGCAGUGUUCUCCAUCGAGCUCUCAGCCUCUAUGAUUGGCACCUGGUUCCUCAACAGUACUCAGCUGCAGGCCAGCGAGCGCUGUAGCAUCAGCCAAUCAAAAACUCUCCACACUCUGUGCUUUCAUAACGUGCCGAAUGUGUACGAUGGAGCCGAGAUCACGUUUAUUGCCACUGGAGUCCGCGACUCAGCAGUGCUGCAGGUACAAGCUGCUGUGGCCAAGUUUAUCCCUCUGGCGGAGGCGGAUAGGAAUAAGAAAGUCGAGUCUGGGAACCCGAUUGUGCUGUACUGCGAGAUCUCUAACCCUGCUGCAGACGUGCGCUGGUUCAAAGAUGGGCAAGAACUUCACCGAGAGGAGGGGCUGAAUAUCCAAUCAGAUGGCAGCAUGAGGAGAAUUGUUCUUCAAUCAUCAGAGUAUUCCCACUCUGGAGUGUACACCUGCCAAUCGAACGAUGACAUCGUCACCUUCCACGUGGAUGUUGAAGCACCACGGGCCACGUUCCAGAGUUUGACCGAGGCAGAGAGGAACAGGUCUGUUGAUACUGGACAUCCGUUAGUCCUCCGCUGUGAGUUAUCUGAUCCAGAUGCAGAGGUUUGCUGGCUCAAGGAUGGGGAACCUAUCUGUCCCCAAAGCGGAAUAGACAUGCAAAUUAAUGGGAACACUAGGACGCUGGUCAUCGAGUCGGUUGAUUUCUACGACUCCGGCACAUACGCUUGUCGGUCUGCGGACGAUGUCGCUGUGUUUGAGGUGGACAUUACAGGCCCCCCAGUGUCGUUUAAGGAAAUCCCAGAAGAGGAGAGGCAGAAGAGCACUACAGAGCUGGACCCUGUGGUGCUGCACUGUGAGCUCUCCAGGCCCGAUGCCACCGCUCGCUGGCUCAAAGAUGGAGCUGAAGUUCUCCAGACGGACAAUGUCACCAUCCAGGCAGAGGGCACCAUGCGCAGGCUCAUCAUCCGCUCAGCACAGCUGAGUGACGCCGGCGCCUACACAUGCCAAGCAGGAGACAACACCAUGUCCUUCACUGUCAACGUCAAAGAGCCACCAGUUAUGAUUGUGGACCCAAAAGACGAUGUUCACAUGGAUCGCUACGUCUCAGAGGUUAUCGUUCUGAACUGUGAGCUCUCUCGCUCCAAUGGACAAGCGUGCUGGUUUAAGGAUGGCCUGAAAGUCCAGGACUGCAAAAACAUUCAGCUGAGCGCCGAGGGUCCAUACAGGACGCUGACCAUUCAGUGUGCGUCCACGAGGGACUCGGGAGAGUAUGUGUGUGACACAGGAGGUGACUCUGUUUUCUUCCAGCUCAGUGUAACAGAGGCUCCGGUGCGCAUCGUAUCCCCAAGCACACCUGAAGUGGAGGUGCACCUGAUUGCUUCAGAAAGGCUGGUGCUGAGCUGUGAGAUCUCCAAGGCGGAGGCAGAAGUCUGCUGGUACUGUGAUGGCAUGGAGGUAGAGGAAAGUGAAGAGCUCAUACUGGAGGAGGAUGGGGUUCACCGCAGUUUGAUCAUACGUCGUACCACCAUAGAUGAUUCGGCAGAGUAUGUGUGCGAAACUGCGGAUGAUUCUGUGACCUUCUGGGUGAAAAUAGAAGAGCCCCCUGUAAAACUCUCCACCUCUAAAAAGGCAGAUGGCAUUAUCCAGAAUUUUGCGGGGGAAGCUGUGGUCCUGGAGUUGGAGGUGUCUCGUGAAAAUGCAGAAGUGUGCUGGAUGAAGGAUGGAGUGAAGGUGGAGGAGAGCAGCAACAUCACCAUCCACGUGGAUGGCCUAAUCCGCAAACUAAUCAUUCACUCCCCAGCACUUGCGGACUCUGGCCUCUAUACCUGCAACGCUACAGACGACACAGUGGAUUUCCAAGUCAAAAUUAAUGAGGCACCGCUGAAAAUCCUGAAGAAAGCUGAGAUCAAUACAGAGUACGCGGCUCAGCUGUCUGAUGACAUUGUGCUGGAAUGUGAGCUGUCCAGGCCACAUGGAGAGGUCAAAUGGUACAAAAACGGUGAUCAUAUUGAGGAAAAUGAGCGCUUCUGCUUUGAGGAGGAAGGCGCUUUCAGAUCCCUGGUCAUCCUCUGUGCUGAGCUGGAAGACUCUGGGGAAUAUAUCCUUGACGCAAAAGAUGACAGUAUUUCCUUUCAUGUCACUGUGCAAGAACCUCCUGUGAAGAUUCUAGGAAACUCUGGACAGUCUGAUGUCCAGGAAAUGGUGGAAGGUGAUGACCUGGUCCUGGCGUGUGAGGUGUCACGAGCAAACGCACCCGUUCAGUGGCUCUUUAACGAGAAACCUCUGCUUCCUGACUCACGCACGUACAUCGAGAGCUAUGGCACUCUCCGCAAACUCAUAAUAUCUAAUAUGCAGCCCUCUGACUCUGGGAAAUACAUGUGUGAUGCUGUUGAUGACAAAAUGAUGACGGUAGUCAAAGUCCAAGAGCCUCCUGUCGAAUUCCUUGACAAAGAGGAUGUGAUCAUGGUUACGGGUUAUGAGGCAGAGAGCAUCACUCUGACAGCCAUGGUGUCCAGACACAAUGCCCCAGUGCGCUGGCUCAAGGACUGGAUGCCAGUCAGUGGGGAACGCUUCCAUGAAGACAGUCAAGGCCUGACCCGCACUCUCUCCAUCAACCCUCUUAAGAGGUCAGACAGUGGAGAGUACACAUGUGAUGCCAACACAGACGAGCUACGCUUCAAUCUGCUGGUCAAAGAAAUGCGCAUCAAGUUUAUGAAACCGCUGUUUGACACUGUGGCCCAUAAGGAUGGCAUGAUUACUCUGCGCUGUGAGGUCUGUAAGCCCAAAGCUGAUGUGCAGUGGUUGAAGGACGGUGUUGAGAUCAUCCCCAGCCGCCGUUUCUCCAUCCGGGCUGACGGCACUGAGAGAAGUCUCACCAUCCACCGCAUCACCAAAGAGGACGCAGGAGAGUAUGCUUGCGAAUCCAGGGACGAUUGUACCAGUGCAAACAUCAGGGUGGAGAUGCCCCGUGUGGUGGAGUUCCUCACUGAGCUCCACAACACCACAGUGAUGGAAAGUGAAGAGGCCACCUUUAAGUGUGUGGUGUCUCCUGAAGAUGUUCAGAUGGUCUGGUUCAUGGAUGGAGAGAUCAUCAAACCCAGUGAGCGUUUUAUCAUUGGGCAGAAUGGCCUGUGUCACACGCUGAUCAUCCGUAAUGUCCAGCUCCUGGACUCCUCCAGGAUCACAGCAGAGGCUGAGGGAGUCAUCUCAAAAGCCAGCCUGAAGGUCCAGGAGGCUCAGGUGCUGUUCACUAAGAAGAUGGAAGUGGUGAUGGCUGAAGAGUUCGGAGAGGCUACGCUGGAGACAGAGGUCAGUCUGGAAUCAGGGGAAGUGCAGUGGAUGCGCCAGGGUGUGGUCAUCCAGCCAGGACCGCGACACACUCUGACCCAGAGCGGCCGCAAGAGGAGCCUCAAGAUCACCAACCUCAGCCUGUCUGACCGUGGAACCUACCGCUGCGAGACCCUCCACGACCGCACACAGGUCAAACUCAACGUGGAGCCCAGGAAGAUCACCAUACGCAAGGGGCUGAUGGACAUCGAGACGUUUGAGAGAGAAACAGCCUCGUUCGAGGUGGAGCUGUCCCAUGCGGACGUGGAGGGUGUGUGGCAGAAGGAUGGACUGAGGGUCAAACCCAACAAUACCUUCCGCACCAGCGCCAAUGGAUGUGUGCAUAGCCUCACGCUCACCAACCUCACACUGGAGGACACAGGCACCAUUACCUUCUCCGCAGAGGGGCUCCGGACCUCAGCACGACUUGUGGUAAAAGAGACACCAGUGGCUAUGAUAAAGAAGUUGUCUGAUAUCCGGCUGGAGGAAGGCUCACCUGUCACGCUGGAGUGUGAGCUGUCCAGGCAAAAUGUGGAAGUCCGCUGGCUGAAGAAUGGAGUGGAGCUUAGGUCAGAUAAAGGCUUGAGGAUCUACUCGAUGGGUCGUAAGCGCUGUCUGCAGAUCAUGCAGAGUAGCGUCAGUGACUCUGGCAUCUACACCUGCGAAAUUGAUGACCUCUCCACGUUCUGCAAGCUUGAAAUCUAUGAGCGGGAGUUGGAGAUCAUCACUGAGCUGGAGGAUUUGUACAUUAAGGAGGACCAGAAUGCUGUGUUCAUGUGUGAGGUGUCAAUGGAGGACAUGCCUGGAGAGUGGUACAAGAAUGCCCAUAGAAUCCGGCCCAGUAGUACCAUCAAGACUCGCCGAGAGGGAACCAAGCACUUCCUUCUAAUAUGCAACGUUACAACAGAGGAUGCUGGCGAGAUUAAAUUUGUAUCCAAACAAGUUGAAUCCGUUGCAUAUCUUGAGAUUCAAGAGCUACCUGUGAGCAUUGUGCGUCCACUUAGGGACCGCACCGCGUUGGAGAAGCAUCGGGUGAUCCUGGAGUGCACUGUGUCCUCCCCUCGCUGUGAGGUCACCUGGUACAAAGGCGAUGAGGAGCUGGAGACCUCAGAGCGCAUGGAGAUCUUCAGCGAGGGCUGCUACCACAAACUGGUCAUCCACCAGGUGGCAGUAGAGGAUGAGGGUACUUACAGCAUUGAGGUGGGCGAGCACAUGUCCACAGCCAAGCUUAUGGUGGAAGCCCAGUCCAUCAUGUUGGUGAAAGAGCUGGAAGACGUCGAGGUGAACGGUCCCGAACCGGCAAGGUUCCAGUGCGAAGUGUCUGUACCCCUUAUCAAACCGCCCGUCUGGACCCUGAAUGGAGAAACCAUUCAGCCAGGGCCCGACAUCCGUCUGGAGAACAAAGGGACCCUCUACAGUCUCACCUUCAAAAACACCAGCUCAGAUAUGAGUGGGACAGUAAAGUUCACUACAGGGAAAGCCAAAAGCAGUGCUCAGCUGAGAGUGCUGUAGAGAGCAAGGCAGAGGGGAAUCUAGUUAAGUGGGUAGAGAGGGUAGCGAUAUAUGAAGAAGCAACAAAAACAAGUAGCCACAUUUUAUAUCAUCUUGCCAUCAAUUGCCUGUCAGAGGGUUUUAAAGUAGUGUGAUGUAAUUUCAAUCAACACGUUUAACUGCAAAGGCAAACAGCAGUCAUUUGUGUUUCAUGUAGCCCCUAAUGAGAUUCCUGUAAAAAGUGAUUGUACUGAAAAUGCUAUAACUCAGUGUGCAUGGGCCUUAAGAUGAUGUAAUGUUUUUAUACUUCUGCUUACCCAGAAUAAUAAUAAUGAAAAGAAUGAUGAAAGUGAAGGAAUGCAUUGGAGGACGGAUGUAACAAUGUACAGCAUCAGUAUACAGUCAGCACACAAAGCCGAACACAUUUAGGCUGUACAGUGUACUGGUGUGGAGUAGAUAGACAGUCUUGUAUGGGUGACCUUUUUUCUAAAAGUCUACGGAAUGAAGAAAAUGUCUGGAAAUCACUUUGAUUUGUAUGGAACGCUUUUUGUAGUAUGUAUAAAUAUAUAAAAUGAAAGGAAAAUUGGUCAUUUUAAAGUAUUUCACUUAAAGUGGGCAAAGUAUUCGGUAUGUUUUAUAUGUUUUCCGAGAUAAAAAUAUGCUGCAUUGAGUUAAAGAAUCACCUGCCAAUUACUGCUUUAAGAAGCUCUUGAUUGUGUUUGUAGGCAAAUCCUUUAUCUGACACAAUGUUCCCAAUGCAAUAAGCACGAAUAAACAUUUAUAUUAAACAAUA